AGACUCCCACCUGCUCCAGCAUGCUUUCACUUCCCCGGCUCCUCAGCUCCAUCGCGGCGGGAUCCACUCUGCGGUGCGCAGAGGUGAAGCGGUCAGAGGACUCAGGCUCAGCAGCGCACGCACUGGCUAGGGCAGCCACCCGCCAAGACACCCAGUUCGGGGGGGGGGGGGGGGCGUGGCCACCCGAGGGACUGGCCGUGGGCUCGGGCAGCCCUAACGUCACGACCGCCCCCCACCCAAGGUAUUUACCUUCGAAAAGUAGUGGCGGCUGCAGGUACCGGAAGAGUAGGGCGACCGGGUAGGGCUAGGUCUACUGGGGCUCACGCCAAAGUCCAAGGGAUGCCUCAGCUCCUAUUCCCUCUUCCCAUACCCCAUAGAUCAGUGGGUCUUCCUUCCUCACAAGCCCUUCCCUAUAGGAUUAACUCUACCUCAUCUCUACCUCUAAUUAAAACCUUACUUUAGAGAAUUUGAGUACCCAAAUUUUGAGCUCAAAAUACCAUCUCAUCCCUGAGUACUCAUCUUCAACGCUAAUAGCUCACUUUCCAAUCCCGCGCCUCCUCCACCAUUCUCACCCCAAUCUCCCAUCCUCAUUCCCAAAAACCCUACUCUCAGCUCCUAAUAUUCAUCCAUAGAUCCACCCUAAGUGACCUUCAAAACCCCAUUCUCGCCCAUUUAGUGACCCUGCCCCAAACUUUCUCAAUACUACCCUAUUACUUCCUAUGCUUAGUCUGGGCCCAGGCCCUGUGCCCCUGAAGACAUGGAGUUUGUGUCUGGAUACCGCGAUGAGUUCCUUGAUUUCGCUGCUCUCCUCUUUGGCUGGUUCCGCAAGUUUGUGGCAGAACGGGGGGCUGUAGGGGCCAGCCUUGAGGGCCGCUGGCGACAGCUGGAGGCUCAAAUCAGAAGGCUGCCCCAGGACCCCGCCCUUUGGGUGCUCCAUGUCUUGCCCAACCGUAGUGUGGGCAUCAGCCUGGGGCAAGGGGCAGAGCCAGGCCUUGGACCAGGCCUGGGGGCUGCCCGGCUCCUGGGAGAUGAGCUUCCACUCCACCUUCAAGACCUGAGCCCCUAUGUCAGCUUUGUCAGCCUAGAGGAUGGGGAGGAAGGGGAAGAGGAGGGGGAAGAAGAUGAAGUACGAGAGAAUGGAGAGGAGGAGGGUGCAGGCACAGAGAAGGUGGAACCACAGGAGGAUGGGGAACCGGCCACUACCAGUAGGGAAUCCCCUCAGGAAGCCAAGCCUCCAGGGGAGCCAGAGGAGGCUGAACAGGAGGCAUGUGGUGAGGAUGGCUGCCGAGAUUACAAAGUGGAGGAUGAAAUGGGACCUGAGAAGAGAAAGGAACGCAGGAGUGAGACUGCCCCUCUGCACCUUUCCUGCCUCUUACUGGUGACGGAUGAGCAUGGCACCAUCUUGGGCAUUGAUCUGCUAGUGGAUGGAGUCCAAGGGAAUGCAGGCAGGGGUUCAGGAACUGAGAACCUAGCUCCUCGGGCCUAUGUUCUUCUCUGCCACAGCAUGGCCUGCCCCAUGGGCUCUGGGGACCCCCGAAAGCCCCGACAGCUUACAGUGGGAGAUGCUCAGCUGCAUAGAGAACUGGAGAACCUGGUCCCAAGGCUGGGUGUGAAGUUAGCAAAGACCCCAAUGCGGACAUGGGGUCCUCGGCCAGGCUUCACCUUUGCCUCCCUUCGGGCUCGAACCUGCCAUGUUUGUCACAGGCACAGCUUUGAAGUGAAGUUGUCACCCUGUCCCCAGUGCAGUGCCGUAUUGUACUGUGGAGAGAUUUGUCUCCGGGCUGAUUGGCGGCGAUGUCCAGAUGAUGUGAGCCACCGAUUUUGGUGCCCAAGGCUUGCAGCUUUCAUGGAGCGGGCAGGGGAACUGGCAACUCUGCCUUUCACCUACACUGCAGAGGUGACCAGCGAAACCUUUAACAGGGAAGCCUUCCUGGCCUCCAGGGGACUCACUCGUGGCUACUGGACUCACCUCAGCAUGCUGAUUCCAGGACCUGGCACCCCUAGGCACCCCCGGGGCAGCACACCAUCCCUUGGCCUUCUUCUCAGUGGAGAUCCCUACCAGCUUCUCCAGGGGGAUGGUCCUGCCCUGAUGCCUCCAGUGCCCUCAGAUCCACCCAAGGCCCUCUUUGGCUCGUGGCAGGAUUACUACACAUGGCGGGGCCUCAGCCUCGACUCCCCCAUGGCUGUGCUUCUCACCUACCCGCUGACCGUGUACUAUGUCAUCACCCACCUAGUGCCCCAGUCCUUCCCUGAGCUCAAUAUACAGAACAAGCAGUCGCUGAAGAUCCAUGUGGUAGAGGCAGGGAAAGAGUUUGACCUUGUAAUGGUGUUUUGGGAGCUUUUGGUCUUACUUCCCCAUGUGGCCCUGGAGCUGCAGUUUGUGGGUGAUGCCUUGCCACCUGAGAAUGACCAGCAACAUUUUACCCUGCAAAGGGAUGGCCCUGAGGUAUCUGUCCGUCCUAAUUCUGGAGUAUCAGCACGGCUCAACUCUGGGACUAAAGAGAAAGGGGGUCGCAGGGACCUGCAGAUCAAGGUGUCAGCCAGACCCUAUCAUCUACUCCAGGGGCCCAAGCCUGACCUUGUUAUUGGAUUUAAUUCCGGCUUUGGUCUCAAGGACACGUGGCUGAGCUCUCUGCCCAGGUUACAGUCUCUCCGAGUGCCUGCUUUCUUCACUGAGAGCAGCGAGUAUGCCUGUGUGAUGGACGACCAGACCAUGGCAGUGGCCACGGGAGGGGGCACCAGUCCUCCACAGCCCAACCCCUUCCGCUCCCCCUUUCGCCUCAGAGCCGCCGACAACUGCAUGCCUUGGUACUGCAACGCCUUCAUCUUCCACCUGAUCUACAAACCCGCUUGGCGCCCGACCCCGCGCCCCCAGCCCCCAGCCCCAACUCCCGUAGCUCCUCCUGCCCCCGCCCAUAGGCGUCGAAGAGAAAAGAAGGCUGGACGCGGAGUCCGCCGGCGGAGAUGAGUGCAAAGAUGGUAGCAGUCAACUCCCCCCUUCCCAAACACACAUCCUAGAAGAAAACAAAAAUACAAAGGGGAGGAUUGGUUGGCCGAACCUGAAAAGGUAAAUAAAAUUACUUGUUUGAAA